CAUCAAUCUGGGUGCAGCAAGGGAUGAGGACUGCAGUGCUCCGAGAUCCCAAAAUAAUACUGCAAAGGAUCGCUUAAUAGGCGACACUGCUUUUUGGAUUAAACAGUAAUUAAACCCGAGGGGCAACUGCCACACAGCGGAUAACGGUCCUCAAUCUGUCUUGUGAUGUGACUGCUGCUGCGCCAAAGUGGCGCUUUUGCGCACGAUGGAGGACCUUUUACGCGAGCAGAAUAGUUGGUCGCAGAAUGUUUCCUGGAGCAACUCAAGUCGUGGCAAUGACAGCAACUUAGGAAACACCACAAUGAACCCUUUAAAACGAAAUGAAGAAGUGGCAAAAGUGGAAGUUGCCGUCCUGGUCCUGGUGCUGCUGCUCGCUCUGACCGGCAACCUGUGCGUCCUGUGGGCCAUCCACACCUCCAAGCACAGCCAGUCUCGGAUGUAUUACUUCAUGAAACACCUGAGCAUCGCAGACCUUGUCGUUGCAGUCUUUCAGGUCUUGCCACAACUCAUUUGGGAUAUCACGUUUCGCUUCUACGGGCCGGAUUUGCUGUGCAGGCUGGUUAAAUACCUCCAGGUGGUGGGGAUGUUUGCGUCUACCUACGUGCUCGUCCUGAUGUCCAUCGACAGGUGCUUAGCAAUCUGCCAGCCUCUCCGCUCGGUGCACAAAAAACAAGAUCGCUUCUGUGUGAUCGCCUCGUGGAUGCUCAGCCUGAUCUUCAGCACUCCUCAAGCAUACAUAUUUUCUGUGAGGGACGUCGGGAACGGAGAGUAUGACUGCUGGGGGGACUUCAUACAACCAUGGGGGGCCAAAGCAUACAUCACAUGGAUGAGUCUCAGCAUUUACAUUCUCCCAGUGGCAAUUCUAAGCAUCUGCUAUGGAUUGAUAUGUUUUAAAAUAUGGCAGAAUUUCAAUUUAAAAACCAGAAGGGAUCACUUCUUGGCUCUCACUCCAAGGCCCUCCAAAGGCGCUCAUCCCCUCUGUCGAGUGAGCAGCGUGAGGCUCAUCUCCAAAGCAAAGAUCCGCACAGUGAAAAUGACAUUUGUUGUGGUCCUUGCCUACAUUGUGUGCUGGACUCCUUUCUUCUUUGUCCAGAUGUGGUCUGCAUGGGAUCCUGCUGCACCAAGAGAAGAGAUGGCCUUCAUCAUCGCCAUGUUGCUGGCCAGUCUCAACAGCUGCUGUAACCCCUGGAUCUACAUGUUCUUUGCCGGUCACCUCUUCCAUGACCUGAUGCAAUGCUUCUUCUGCUGCUGUAGAGAGUACCUGACAGCUUCCUCCUCCAGCUGUGAUCGACAGUGCAGGCACAAAAGCAAAUCCCCUACUUGCGUCAUCAAGAUCACGGCAGCCAGAGGAGCCUCACACACACAUCCAGCACAGGGGGACCGGGACACUGAAGAGCCAGUUGAAAGCCAUCCAGGCUUCCUGUAGUCGAGCAAUCCGGCAAUCAUGCAAGUCUCACAUGUCAGGCGUUUAAGCAUCUGCAGUGGCACUGUGGUGGCAACUGCAACAAUUUUUUUUUUAAAUUGAGCAAAGUAGACAUUGUAAAUCUCCUGCAAAGAUCUGUAUCGAUGCAUGACUUUUGCUUUCUCAUAUUACCACUUGUCUUCUGGACUCCCUUUGCACCUGCAAACCAUAUAUUUCUCUUACACUGUAGCUUUUUAAGAUGUAUCCUAAACAACCAUAAGCAUUUUAAAAGUUGUUUAUAUGCCUCUGUCCUUUAGUCUUAAACCUUAAAUUCUUGUUUCAACAGAUGUCCUGAUUUUACUUUAAAAGACAAGUAAUUAUAACACAAAUUAUAAUGAUGUUGCACAAGGAAUUCUUUCGUCAAGUAAGUUAAUUCUUAAUGCAUUUUAACCUCCUGAGAUCCAUGCUUUUGUUUGGUAUGCAUUUUUAAUUUAGUUAGUAGGAUCUGAAAAGUAUAAAAAAACUAAGCAUUGUCUUUGAACAGUUUGUAGUUUUGGGAAAAAAUGAUGUCCUUAUGUCGGGACGAUGGAUUUAUUUUUAUCGGUCAUGUGUGUAAUAAAAUAUAAAACAGUUUA